CUCAUGAAAAGCUGAUGCAAUAUCACUAGAGUGGCUAGAUUUAUUUCUCCUAAAAGGCUGUUUAAUCGCCAUUGUUUCAGUUAGCAAAUUACAUCUGUGUGGUAUAAAUUGCCAGAGCUAGCCAUGGCGGAAGAAGACGCGAUCUUUGACCCUUCUUUGAUGAAGAAAAAGAAAAAGAAGAAGACCCCGUUCGAUCUGGAUGCCGCGAUGGCAGCGACAGAAGGUUCGGCCGAGGUCGAACCCGUGGCCACUGAAGCCAAACCGGCCGGCGAUGAAGAAGACGAUCUCGAUCUGGAGAACUUUAACAAAAAGAAAAAGAAGAAGAAGAAGCCGUUCAAUCUGGACGACUUGGAAGGUUCGCUACCGUCGGGAUCGGCUGAUGCCGAUGCCGAGGGAAAGGAGAACCGCGAAGAUGGUGAAGGCGCCGGCGCCGACGAUGGACUAGACGAAGAUUUUAAGAUGGACUUUAGCAUGAAGAAAAAAAAGAAGAAGAAGAAGGAUCUUACGGAACUCAUGGAGGCAGAAUUGGCGGACGGCCAGGACGGACAGGACGAUGAUAAGGAUAAUGAUUUUACAUGCCUUACCGACAAUGAUGGAGCCGUCAUCGAACAUGUGGAUGAAAAUGCUUCUACAUGGGCCGGUUCCGAUCGCGAUUACACCUAUGACGAACUGCUGAACCGUGUGUUUGAGAUCAUUCUCGACAAGAACCCGGAAAUGGCCGGUGGUCGCAAGCCGAAGUUUGUGAUGCGACCACCGCAAGUUCUGCGGGUUGGCACCAAGAAAACAUCGUUUGCCAACUUUACGGAAAUCUGCAAAACGCUGCAUCGACUCCAGAAGCAUUUGUUGGACUUUCUGCUUGCCGAACUGGGCACCAGCGGGUCUGUCGACGGAAACAAUCAGCUCAUCAUCAAGGGUCGCUUCCAGCCGAAACAGAUUGAAAACGUGCUGCGAAGAUACAUCAAGGAGUACGUCACCUGCCACACCUGCCGCUCGCCCGACACCAUCCUGCAGAAGGAUACGCGACUGUUCUUCCUCCAGUGCGAAUCGUGCGGUUCGCGUUGCUCGGUCGCUAGUAUUAAAUCCGGUUUCCAGGCCGUCACCAGCAAACGUGCCGCGAUGCGUGCCAAGACCGCCUAACGUGGCACAUCAGACGCACUGGAUGGGCGGUGGUGUUCAUAUGUUGCAAAUGACUGUGGUGGCUGUUUCAUUCUGUUUGUUUUUAGCUACAUAUUUGUUUUUCUCGUCCAAGCCUCAAGCGACGGAAUUGAAACACAGCGCCUUGCGGGCUUCACUCUAUCCAAUCUUACCAUCGGCUUGUCGAUGGCGGAUUACUGUCCUAUGUUUUCGGUUAUUUAGUAAUCAAAGUUCGAUUAGGUUUAGGGAGCAGUUUAUAUCGCUUGGUUUAAGAAUGGCGCAAUCAAUACAAGAUAGUAACAAUAAUGAAUAUUCCCUACGAUCAGGCUCUUAUAUUCGGAUAAACAGAUAA